AUGCAUAUUCAUGAAUCAAAAAGGGGUUUUUCCUUCUUAUUGAGCAAAAUAAUUGCCGCUUUAUGGGUUCGAGAAUCCUUUAUUAACCAUAUCAUUUCGGCUUCUCUGUUUACUGAGUACUCCCCCAUCUCUGCUCUGCAAAUGUCUCAAAUUCUUGAAAAUUCUCCCAAACACUGUGCCAAGCAAGGACUCAACUUCAAGAAAUUCAACAAGAGGCUCUUCUUUGCUUUCUCUACCUUUCUGCUUACAGUUUUAUCAUUCAUCUUGCUAAUUUGGCUCAUCCUACACCCAACAAAGCCCCAGUUUUCUCUCAAAGAGGUUGAAAUCAAUCAACUCAACCUCUCAGGUCCCUCCCUUCUCAACUCCUCAGUUGAGCUCACUCUCCUAUCCAACAAUCCAAACAAGAAAGUCGGGAUUUAUUAUGAUGAGCUACAAGUAUGUGCAUCUUACAAGGGUCAAACAAUUACUCUCGAUACUUCUAUCCCUCCUUUUUACCAAGAUCAUGAAGAAACAAAUUACCUGAGUGCGUCUCUGGUUGGAUAUCAGCAACCUGUAGCUCCGUCCUUCGCUUACGAUGUCGGGCGCGACCAGAGAACCGGAAAACUGGUUUUGACUGUCAAGGUAAUUGGAAAGCUACGAUGGAAGGUCGGGACUUGGGUUUCUGGGGUGUAUAGGAUUAACGCGAACUGUUUAGUUAUCAUGCCAUUUGGACCUAUACCAUCUCCUCCCCUAAGUUCCAAAAAAGGGACACGAUGUUCAACUACCAUUUGA